UGUUGGUAGAGGCUAUAAUUUAUUUGGGUUCUUGACGUAUGUCAUUAUCACCUAAAACUUGUUGAAAGUGAUUAUUGUUUUCGGUUAUCUCUCAGGAAUUAUUUAAACUCUGUGAAUUUCAGCCAUCAUGAAUUCCAGGAGAGGGUUGAACGUUCACGAAAUUAUAUCGGCAUUAGAAGAUGAUCAUAAUAUACUGUCUGCAGAUAUAUUUAUCACACCACCUGAAAACAAUGACUUCAGCGAUGAAGACAGCGGAAGCGAAGAAGCGGGAGAAAUAGGUAAUCUUACGCGUCGGCAACUACUAGCAGAAGCUGAGGUGCGAUGCCAGCUACCAUCAGCAGAUGGGGUCCUGGAAACCGUAGAUGGAAUUCCAUUUAUAAAUCAGGAUGAACAGGAACAACAGCCGUCCGCGUCUCAGUCAAAUGAACCACCUGCAAAAAAAUCUAAGACUAUUGUCACGAGGAAGUGGAGACAAAAAGAUAUAGCUGCAAACCCUGAAAGGGAGUCGAUGCAACCUGAUUUCGUUUUAGAUAAGGAUAAUCCAUUAGAUUUUUUUGAGAUGUUUUUUGACGAAGAAGUUUUCGAGCUCCUGCGGUCUAGCACGGAACAAAAUGCAAUUGCAAAAGGACAUGUCAAUUUUCGAGUCACUGUUGAAGAAAUUAAAAACUUUAUCGGUAUUUUGCUUUUGUCAGGCUACAAUAGCGCUUCACGCUAUAGAUUAUACUGGGAUCAAAGUAUUGACACUCAUCAUCCAGGAGUUGCAUCAUGCAUGACUCGUAAUCGUUUUGAAGAGCUUUUACGUUUUUUUCAUGCAUGCGAUAACAACCGCCUACCUUCUGACGAUAAGUUUGCAAAAGUAAGGCCACUGUGGAAUCUUAUGAAUGAGAGAUGGCUAAAGUUUUAUCCCGGAGACAAACAUUUGUCUAUCGAUGAGUCUAUGGUACCUUAUUUUGGAAAACAUGGCGCAAAACAACAUAUUCACGGUAAACAAAUACGUUUUGGCUAUAAGAUUUGGUCACUGUGUACACGAUUGGGUUAUCUUAUUUAUGGAGAACCUUACCAAGGAGCUAAAACUGGUAACACCAAUCCAAAUCUAGGCGUUGGAGGCUCUGUAGUGACAAAUUUGAUUUCGAAACUGCCAAGUGAUAACCACUACAGUUUCUAUAUUGAUAAUUUUUUCACUUCUUUACGUUUACUAGACGAAGUAAGUCAGAUGGGUCAUGUUAUCACUGGUACAUUACGUGCUAAUAGAACAGAAGGUGCCCCGCUAAAAGACAUCAAGGAGAUGAAAAAGACAUCACGGGGUUCGCACCACCACAUUACGGAUUUAUCAUCCAACAUAACUUUAGUGCGCUACAACGACAACAACAUCGUAACUAUUGCCUCAACGGAAAGCGGUGUUCAUCCGAUUGGUAAGGUGAAGAGAUGGUGCGGCAAUAAAAGAGUAGACGUAGAUCAACCGCAUUGCUAUCUAUUAUAUAACAAAUAUAUGGGCGGAGUCGAUCGACUCGACCAAAAUGUUGGAAAAUAUAGAAUUUCAAUAAGACUGAAGAGAUGGUAUUGGCAAAUGAUAAUGUUCCCCAUAAAUGCCUGUGCUAAUAAUGCUUUUCAGUUAUACCGAGUUUCACCAGCAGGCCAAGCUAAAGACGCUCAUGAUUUCUUGUCUUUUACAAGAUACAUUGUGCAGACUUAUUUGAUACUUGGCAAACCUUCUACAUCCAUAGCAAAACGCAUUGGAGGCAAGACACCGUUAACUACGAAAAGUAAGCUGCCAGAUUCGGUAAGGCUGGAUGGGAAGGAACACUAUAUCAUUAGAAACGAAACUCAAAUUCGAUGCCGCGAAUGUCACAAGAAUACGAAAUUCAAAUGCAGUAAAUGUGGAGUUGGCCUCCAUCAACAUUGUUCUCAAGCUUUUCAUACCAUAAAGUAAUUUUUUUUCUCUCAUAUCAACUUUGAUUUUUAGCUUACGUUUAUAAUUGAUCUUAUAUAUUGUGAUUUAUCAUAAUUUUUGUGUACUUAUUCUUUAUUUACUAAUAAAAACCAUUCAAAAUAAUAACCGACUUCGCAUACAAAACCCGAAGGCAUAUUUUCCCAGCGCCCCAUUUAAGGUGCGGUCCUGAAUUUCAGCCAGUAUAGAAAAUAUUUUUGAUAAAAGCUUAUUUUCAUGUUAUUUAGAGCCUACUCACUAGAUAGACAUAGAAAAAAAACAUUUUUCUAUGUAAUAUCACACCUUGGGAUAA